UUUUCAAACUUUCAACAUCCGGGUUACGUCCGUGUUUACGCUUUAGCGCGUGUUUACGUUGCAUCCAGCAUCGGAAAAUAAUGGCGAUAUUUUCCAGUCAGAGAUCAAAUCGCUGCAAAUGAUUUAAAGGAUUUUACAGUGAUUGGAUGUUUAGUGAUUGUAGAUGGUGCAGUAGAGUGUCCUGAAGACUUCAGAUCCUUCACUUCCUCCCCCUCUUGAUCCAGACCCAUAUAAUGUGGCCCCCCUAUACCUAUCAUCACCUGCUAGCCUUCCUCCUCACGUUCCUCAGCUAUGUCCUGCUUCACUCGUCACGUAAGACUUUCAGUAAUGUGAAAGUGAGCAUCUCAGCACAGUGGACACCAUCAGCAUUCCAGCAGAACGGCAGCACUUCGUCUUUGUCUCCUGGGGAGACAUGGGUGGAAAACAAACUGUUUGCUGAUGCGGGAGAGGCCACGCUGUUCCUGGGUGCUCUGGACUCCAUCUUUCUCUUCUCUUAUGCUGUGGGUUUGUAUAUCAGUGGAGUAAUUGGCGAUCGGUUCAACCUUCGCUAUGUUCUGUCCUUUGGUUUAUGUGGAUCCGCUGUCACGGAAUUUGUGUUUGGCACUUUGACAGAGUGGCUUCACUUUUAUAAUGUGUACUUUUACUGCAUCUUGUGGGUGAUAAAUGGACUGCUCCAGUCUACAGUAUGGCCUUGUGUUGUGGCCAUCAUGGGCAACUGGUUUGGAAAAUCUGGGCGAGGAUUUGUUUUUGGACUUUGGAGUGCAUGUGCGUCCGUGGGGAACAUUCUGGGUGCGUUUCUUGCCUCCAGUGUCCUGAAAUACGGCUAUGAGUAUGCUUUCCUUGUGACAUCAGUGGUGCAGUUUGCAGGUGGUGUAGUGGUGUUUUUUGGCCUGCUUACAUCCCCAAAAGAAAUUGGACUAAGUGACUACUCUGAGACAGGUCUGAGACCAGUGACAAGAGACACAGACAGUCAGCGUCCUCUGAUAAGUGAUGAUGAAGAUGAGUUAUGUGAUGAAUACUCCAUACAGCAGCGGGAUGAGGAGCCUGAACCGCAGCCCAAAGCCAUCGGCUUUCUCCAGGCCUUCUGCCUGCCAGGAGUCAUUCCUUAUUCUCUGGCUUAUGCAUGUCUGAAGCUGGUCAACUACUCUUUCUUCUUCUGGCUGCCAUUUUAUCUCAGCAACAACUUCGGCUGGAAGGAGGUUCAGGCCGACCGGCUGUCUGUGUGGUAUGAUGUGGGAGGCAUUGUUGGAGGAACAGUACAAGGCUUGAUCUCAGAUCUUUUGGGAAAGCGAGCUCCUGUGUUAGCGAUCAGUUUGCUGCUGGCCAUGGGAGCAUUAGUGGGAUACAGCCACUCUCCAAAUAACCAGCUGGUAAAUGGAGCUCUUCUAGCAAUAACAGGUUUCCUUAUCGGAGGCCCAUCAAACAUGAUCAGUUCAGCGAUCUCUGCAGAUUUGGGUCGACAGGAGGCACUGCAGAAUAGUCAGGAGGCUUUGGCCACCGUCACGGGAAUAGUGGACGGCACAGGAAGCUUUGGAGCAGCGGGGGGACAGUAUCUGGUAUCGCUUAUCGAGAGCAAAUUAGGAUGGAUGUGUGUCUUCUACUUCUUCAUAUUUAUGACAGGGUGCAGUGUACUCUUCAUCAUUCCACUCAUUUACGGUGAAAUCCGCUCCUUGUGCCGGGACAGUCAAGCUCGAACGCAUCAGCUCUGAGAUGAACUUCCUUUGCCUGAAUCUGGAUAGAAAAAUAGGGCAUUUUGAAAAUACAGACAUCCUAUUUGGGAAUUCACCUUCUGUUGUAGAAUUUUGUUUUCAGCAACAGAAACCUCACAUUCAGUCUGUCUACUCCAUAUCAAAGCAUUGUUCAGGCAGGCAGAAAAUGUGUUUUUUCUUUUAUUAACAUGAAAGCCUGAUUUCACAAAUGAUCUGACUCUGAUCUUAUUUUUUGGAAGACUCUUGGCAAUGUGAUGACUUGUACCUCAUUACUUUAGCAACCACUGUCUGUACAAAAGGGUCGUGAAAUGGCAGUGUGGUCAUUUCUAAAGGUUGGAUAUGGAAACCAAAAUCAAGUUUGUUUUAGAUUUAGAUCUUUUUUUAAAUCUCUCCCUCAAAUUAUCCCAUUUAUGAACGCCAUCUUGGAAUGUUGCUUAAAAUUAGUUUCUGUUUUAUUUCUGUGUAUUGCCGUCAGCACCUUUUUUUUUUAUUAUUAUUUAAAUUUAGAGUUUUUUAAUUCCAGUUUUAUAAUUAUUGUUAGAGGGCAGGACCCUCUUGAGCUUAAUUCGUGAUGAUUGUAGCCGGAUUAAAUAGUGUAUUGAAUGAUUACUUGAACUGAGGACCUAGAUUCAUAGCAUCAUGUAGGUUUUUGGGCUGGUAAUUUCGGUGUUAGAUGUGCAUCUUUUUUUUUUUUUAAUUCACACUAAGUGUAUAAUGGUAUAUUUAAAUAUAACACUACAAUUCAGCAAAUGUAUGUUUUGUAUUUAAACUAUUGGAACCUAUACAGUUAUUGCUUGAAUGUUUGAAAUGUGUGGUAUAUUGUUCCUACAUAUAUAGUUGUAUAUAGUCAUAAUAAAUACAGGUGCAUAACAUGUCUUUAUUAAACAGCUUAGAUGGAUAGAUGUAUGGAUGGUUGGGUGAUUGACUCUGUUCACUCAUUCUCAACCACUACUGUCACCUCUACUGUACAGGUGCAUCUCAAUAAAUUAGAAUGUCGUGGAAAAGUUCAUUUU